CCGGCGAUUCGCCAGAUGUCCCUCGCCCAAGCUCCUAUCGCAUCUGUCCCUUGAACGCAAACAACGCCAGGGCCACAUUCAUCCACGCCCUACAUAAAGACUGGAAAAUACCUGUUUGCCGAAGCUUUGGUUCUCUGCUCAUUCGCAUCGCCAACAUCGCCAAACAAGCAACCAUGAGCGACGUACCAUGGCAGCAGAGCGUUGGGUUCUCCGAGCGAAUGGCCGUAGUCGACCAGAUUGCCGCUUCACUGGAAUCCGCCGACGCACAGCUUCUUCGUCCGGAAGCAAUGUUGCGAGCCCAGCAGGAGGAGUCUAGAUGCAUGGCUGCAGCCGCCACGAAGGAGGACUACAUCCGCCUCUGGAAAGCCAGACUCCUCUCGCUCCAGCAAGCCGCAGCACGGCCACAAUCAGAGGAUGACAGCGAUAGUCUCACCAAGUUUCCCGCCGAUGAGCCCACCCAGACCAUCGGACCAUACAAGACGGCUGUCCCAUUCGAAUCCGGGAUCUUCUCAACCAUCUUCAAGGCCAUGCCAACGAUGACCACGGUGGGCAGCAAGCGCUCUCUCGUAGCGCUCAAGGUGACCGUCACCUCGAUGUCACAGCCACCCCAUAACGCAAAGCGCGAGGCCCGACUCCUCGCCCUCGCCGCGGACCACGACAAUAUCAUCUCCGUCCUCGAAACAUUCACACUCCCGCCCUCCACCUUCGUAAUGGUCCUCCCCUUUCUCCCACGCACCCUGGCCUCCCUACUCUCCGAACGCCUAAUCACGCCCCUCCGCCUACCCUCCAUAAUCCACGGCAUCCUCACCGGCGUAGCACACCUGCACUCCCUAGGCAUCCUGCACCGCGACAUCAAGCCGAGCAACAUCCUCUUCUCCUCCCCCACCAGCGGCCCAAAAAUCGCUGAUCUGGGGAUUGCCUGGCACGCCGACGAUCCCGACUGCGAGCCUGCCGACGACAAAAUCACCGAUGUGGGCACGACCUCGUACCGCGCGCCUGAGCUCCUCUUUGGCUACCGCAGCUACGGCACGGGGGUGGAUAUGUGGGCGCUCGGCUGCGUGAUAGCGGAGUGUUUGCACCCCGAGCACGAGGCAUUUUUCGAUGCGGGAGAUUUGGGCAGCGAACUGCAGCUCGUGGCGAGCAUCUUCCAGAAACUGGGCACGCCGGAUACACACAGCUGGCCUGAGUCGCGGGAGCUCCCGGAUUUUGGGAAGAUCAUGUUUCAUCAGCGGCCGAAGCAGGAGUGGGAACAGCUUUUGCCGUGUGCGAGUACGGAUGCAAGGGAUUUGGUGGGAAGCCUCCUGGUGUAUCAGGGUAGUGAUAGGUUGAGCGCGAAGGAUGCGCUGGAUCAUAGAUUCUUUGAUGGCGCUCGUGCGGAUUGAUUUUUACUUGGACUUAGACUUGGAAUUGGAUCCACCUAGAUAGAUGUGUGGAGAGAUAGUGUCCGUUACGGUUUUGAAUCCGUGGGCGAGAAUUGAUUCAAUCGCUG